AUGAUUGACGCCCUGUUGAGGUAUUGCCUGACCGAAAUUGCGUACGAGGGCGAACUAGGUGCGUACUCACUCGUAUUUCCAUCCGUCACGGCGUCCCAGACAAACAGCCACCACCGCACGUCGAUUGUUCGAAUCCUGCAGACGGCACAAAGUCCAGACGACUUUUCCCUCCUUCACCUACAUCGCCAUUACCGUCGCAGAGCCGAUUCUGACAAUUAUGCCGGUUCAGGAUGCACCUUUGAACGUCUGAAAGAGUUGAUUGCUGGUUAUGCGCAACAGCAGACCGCCAACACUCGCGCAACGCAUUCAACGGCUUAUGGGGAAGGCGAACCGGCAAAGAAGCCGAAUAUCGACAAUGCGUAUUGUGAAUAUGUUUAUUCGCGCAUCGUUUCACGUGCGGAUAUCAUCGUUGGUACCGUUCCGCCAGGCACUCCACCGGUUUGGAUUGCGCCGCCCGUCAAUAAGCGUGCACGAGGAGAGAGGCCUCCUCCACUUUCUCUAACACCCAUUGAGGAUGCUAAAAUGCAUUCAAUGACCGAAAUGAUACGUCAACACGGCCCAGGGCUUAGAAUUGCCGCCACAACAACUGUUUGUUUCGUCGCACUCACAGGCUCUCAUACGAGGCCUUCGAAACUCAGCGACGUGGUGUACACGGUGCUCCAGAUUAUCGUUAGAAGCCGUGAAGCAGGCAUAGCGAUCAAAGACCUCGGAUCAAUCACAAAGUAUGAUCCAAAAUCGAUAUACUAUCAAAUACAGGCUCUCGAAGCCAUGGAUCUGAUUGUCAAGGUAUCCAAAGGUCCCAACCUCAACUGGGCCGUCUUCAAGCACUUCUAUGAUCGGAGUGAAUUCUGGCAGAAAUUACGAUCGGGAGUUGGAAAGGCAGCAAAAUCAACAGCAUCUACCAAAGACGCGGACGCCGAAAUAUCCAACGAAUUGCUGCCAAACAUUUCUCUUCUCCGGCGCCAAGUUUUGUCUGUCGUCGCGAAGUCUAAAAAUCAGAUUCAUCAGAAGAACAAUCUGAUUGUGGCCGCUGGCUAUUCCAAACCUGAAAGAUCUCAGCGACGAUUCUUCACAGCUCGCGUCAAUGAUAUGAUCGAGGAGGGUCUCCUGGACAAAGUAGCGGUUCCGAGUGCAAAUGGAAACGUCAUUUGUUUGCAAUUGACGGAGAAAGGAGGGACUACACUCGCUGAAUUAGAAGGUACUCGUAGUGUAGCGAAAGUGGCCGAGGAGGACAACGAGAUGGAAGAACUCGAGUUUCAUGACGAGGACAUUGAGUGGAAAGAUGAGAAUCGCUUUGAACGUGGUAUGGGAUUGCAGCGUCAGCUCAUCGCCUGUCUCGAGAAGGAACCAGAAGGCUUGACUAUCAAGGAACUGUCAUCAAGACUUAGCCAAUUCGAUACGCGAACUAUCGAACAAGUCCUUACGCGCCUUUGCAGCCGUAUUCCUCCUCGCCAUCUCGUCGACCUUCAUCCCGUGACCACCAUGGAGACACUUGGGAAGAUACGGAGGCAGAGAUAUUUCACCCUUCUUCAUUACCAAAAGUCUCUGCAAAACCAGGGCUUGACAGACGAACGAUACGACUGGGUGGAUAUGAAGGACGUCGGGGAUUUUGCCCCUGUUGACGAAAAGGAGUUUUGGACUUCAAAAAGCGAUCUUUACAAGUUCAUCGACGAAUUCCAAAUCUCUCGAGGAAGGCGGCCCCCCACUGUUCCGGGCACAUAUUCGGCUAGUAGACUCAAGAAGUUGAAGAAUCCUAUCGUCAACGGGGUGGUAAAGAGGGGGAGGCCGCGGAAAGAGUGGACAUUGAACAAGGACAAUCCUCCACCACAAGAUGCGAGUGCUGGGAAUCCUCUUCCAGCUGAAGGGUUGCCUUCCAAGGGGAAAGGUGAUGCUAUAAACGGCCAGGAAGCGGUGGCUCUACCGCCUGGUGGACCCACAGACACUAGGAUUUCGUCCCAGUCAACCUCGCUCACGCUAAAUACCCCAGCUCAUUUAGCCACCUCUGAUCUUUCUAUACCGACUGGGUCAGGACUACAACCAUCUGCUGUCGAUGUUAACACUCCGGACAACACGUCUCCAAAGAAAAAGCGCAGUGUGUCCUCCAGCAAACCUAGCGACCCGAAGUCCCCUACCAAGAAGAGCAAGAAACGUUCUGCAGAAGAAGCACCGGGCACCGAGCCGGCCAAGAAGAAGCGAAAGACUACGAAAACGAAAGAUGGUCAACCUAUUGCCCCUGUGGUCCAAGGUGUUCCGCCGGAAUCUACUGUGGUAGUUCAGGAUGCCCCACAAGAAAUCGUCUUCCAAGUGACGCUUCCUCAAGAAGCGGCUGAGCCAAAUGAAGGAGGUCGACUUUCCCCGGUUAUGCCAUCAUCACCAACAACCGCGCGUGUAUCGGCGAAGCGACGACAAAAACUCCCAAAACCAAAGGCCACAAAUGUCAGCGCGCUCCGCCGUAAUCAGCAGCUUUUGGAGGUCUUGCGUGAAAAUGGGGGGAUCUUACAGGUCAACCAUGAGCUCUCCGUUCUCCUACAGGAGCAUAGCAAGAAGCUCGCCGAGCAAGGAUUCCAGGGUGGGCAGGAUGCAAACUACAUGUCCGACAAGAAGACCAUCUCCCGCUCGGUGGAGAUGCUGGAAGAAACCGGAGAAAUCAAAGUUAUCCGAACGGCCAUCGUGGACCCUGGCCGCAAGAGCUCCCUCCAGCAACCCACGAUUGUUAUCCACUUCCCUGAUCUGGACGCCGAUACUAUCAAGCAGUAUCUGGCUGGUAUUCAAAAGCAAUAUAAACCGAUUCACCUGUACAAGGAGACCAGAGUCAUCGAGGAAGAAAUCGAGUUUUCCCGAGGGCCCAAGCGGGAUCUUCCCAAAAAGCCGCAAGCAAAGACUGGCCCCAUGGAUCUCGCCAAGGUCGUUGGUCCCCGGCACAAGUUUCUGGCGGACCGUCAAACUGUCGCCCAGCUGUUUGGCUUUCUCCUCGGGAAAAGUCGUCGUGCCCAGGAGCUAUAUCUCUUCACUCUCAACGACAUCCUCUCAGCAAACCCGUCCCCUUCUGUGCUAUCUGUGGAAGAACGGAUAGUCUGCGCCAAUUACUGGACGGAGGAUUUUCCUUUGGGAUCAUUCUGCGCCAUCAUUCCCGCGCACAGUUAUAUUUCCUAUCUGGAAUAUGCGCAAGGAGAUCCUGAGGCACUGAACCAGCCGCUGAAGAGCCUCGAACUCCGACUCCAACGUGCUCUGAAAGUCAAGCAUGCGACCACAAGGAGUCGGUUGUUCGAACUGCUCAACACUCUUACGGAGCUUGGACUUGUGACUCCAUUAGAGGCAGUGGAAGAUGGUUCCGGCUCCAAGGAGGAAAGGCCUCAUCAAUUUGUGCCGAUGAACAUGCCUACGGCGCCAAACUCUGAUCUACCUCGCUACUGGAAAUUCAAUACCAUUGUUCCUCUCUGGAUCAUCUCCCUAGGCUGCUUCAACUCUGCGGAGGUUGAGGAGCCACCUCCAUUGCACAAAUACUUUCCAAUCCCAGAUGUCCCCUCGGCAGUUUCCUACUGGUCACUCCUGAAUCGCUUCUGUCAUCGUCGCGGUGAUAUUGCAAGCCUUCAGCAAAUGAUAUCGACCACGCAGUCCGCAAUAUGCGCCAUAGGUCCCAGUGUCAUGACUUCGCUCUUCAACCCAAGAAGUUGGAUAUCCACUUAUUGCCUAUCCAAACUUCAAGUAGAUUAUCUCAAAGACAUGAUUGACAUCACCACUCUGACCACGCCUCUCGACGAUCCAACCUCCGAGCGUUUGAUGCAAGCUGCUUAUAUUACUUGCGCUCCGCAACAAGUGGUCUACGAGUUUUUCACGAGCCAUGCAGAGAAACUUGCCUCUGUGGUCAAGAGAAUGGAGAGUCGCAAGGGCAAGUCAGCUGCCGAAACGGAAGCUGAAUUACGCAGGCGAGCCGUCGAAAAGGCAGAAAGACACCUAAUCAGUGUCGAAGAACGAUGGGAGGAGCUACUAGACUCGGUAUUUGACUACGAAAUAUCUCAAGAAGCCGAAGAACAGUUGAGGCUAUUGCGAAGUCGGUUCAUCACUGUCGGAGGCCUUGUGGAUGAGGAAAAAGUCAAGGGACUGAUCGCAAACAUCGUCCGCGAUCCCGUUGAUGUCGCCCGGAAGAGGAACAAGCGCAUGGUCCCGCGAGCGCAGGUUGUUCUUGGGGCCGUACCUAUGGAACAUCUGGAAGAUGCGAUGCCAAGCGCAAUCGCCCAACAGAGCUCUACUACGGAACCGAAUGUAGUCAAUAAUCGUUUGCCGGAUGCCCCCAUUUCGACCAAAACAUACCCUCCACUACCUCCAUUAGUGUCGCGCCCUGGAGAUAGAACUGUUGCACAGAUCAUUGCAAGUAUGGGGACCCCACUCGAAUCAUCACCCAAAAAACGAUUGCGCAAAGCGGGAAAUGACGUCGAAGCUCAAGGUCCAAAGAAAACCUAUCGGCGGAGAAGAUUCGUAUGGAACGAAGAAUAUGACGACUUGCUGAAGGACGCUGCAGCAAUUAUCAGGGCACGAUCCCGCGGACGAAGUAGAGCAAUGACAUGGAAAACAGUAACUCCAGCAUUUCCUACCAUGAGCGAAAACGGGACGAGGCUACGCUUUGCCAAGUAUCUCUCCCAACCUGGCGCUGCUGCGUAUCUCGAUCGGCUGGAGCAGGCCUGGUUUACUCUCUGGCAAACUCACAAAGGCCGACCUGAACUGCCUGACGAGGAUCCUUCGAAGCCAGAAGGAUGUGAUAUCCUAGUCCACAUCCAGUUCUUACGCCACUAUCUGGAUAAACGAAAUCUUCAAGAGUCUGUGCCGGUUACAGAAGGCACCGUAGCCCCAGUAUCUGAAGUCAUUCCGUUAACUGUCGACCAGCUGCGCCGCCAUUAUCGCACUAUCGAGAAGGAGGAUUCUGAUUUCGAUCAAUGCAUCUCCAAUUAUUGGGGUGACGCGUCAAAUUAUUACUCGGAACGUAACAACUCUAUCGCCUCUGUGUGCUUCAGCGAACAGCAGCCACCCCGGAACUCGGGCAUUCCUCUAUCCCAGGCAGUGGCUCAGAACGUCAUACAGAUGAUCGUGGCGACUGAGCCAGAAGACUACACCGAAGAAGUCGCCACCGCGCUUCUCAUACCAUUCGGUGACGCCAGGAUAAAGGCCGCUACUGAAACCCUGUCUAAACGAGGCUCCAUCUCAAAGGUGGCCAAGAACAAGGCUAGCAAGUCGUAUCGCAUGUCGGAGGCUAACACGGAAGAGCUCACUGGAAAGUUCUCCCAACAACGAUGUGAAGAUGCUGCCGCGGUUGAAACAGUCUAUGAAGAGGAGCCCGAUGACUGGAGAAUCUGGCCCAUGGCUCCAAGCGAAGGAGAGAUGGCCGCAUUGCUGCAACGUGUAUCAAGACACCAGGUUGACUUCAAAUGGGAGCUGCCCGACCUCGAGUUACUCGACAACGUAGCCCAGGCCGCGAAUAGGAAACUUUUGGAGGAGAACUUUGAGACCGAGAUCGCGGUCUGUUUUGACUUCAAUGAGGCCCCGGAGGCCAAGUCGCGCGAUGCAAGCGCAGAUGUGGAUCCUCCUGAAGGUCAAACGAGCGAUAAACCACACCAUAAACAGUCAAAUGUAGAUGUUGCACACCAUGGCGUGUCGGAUGCGGGAGAGACUGCGGCUUGCAUGCUCACUCAGCCAUCUGGAGCCCUCGUGAACUGUGCCGGGUGUCUCUCGAUGUCACAGAGGAUGGCUUGCGUGAAUUUGCCACAGACUCAAGCCGAACAUCUGGUGGCCCUUGUGCAAGCUCUCAAGAAAGCAGGUGAGAAUGGCUUGCCAGCAGCAGAUGUUUGGUCUUUGCCAUCAUCGGAAGUCACAGUACCUGCCAUGAUGAGUUCGCUACCUCCCUUGGCUUUCUGGUCUGGGUACUCGGAGUCGCGAUUUAUUUCGUCACAUUAUCUCUCUAGCUACGCAAUCUGGCUUUCUGAAGAAACAACAGAAGCUGUACAAUUCAAUACCAAGCGACUCGUCAUGCCCAGGCGGUGGAUCGACUUGCGAGGCAGGAUGGUCAUUUCCACAUGGAAGUCUUGUGUCAGGGCAGUGGUUGGCCUGAUCCUUCUCCGACCAUUGGUGGAUCAACCCCGCAUAGUCGAAAAUUUUGUUCAUGUAUACGAUCGACUAGACAUUGUCGCCGCCUUGCGCCAUCUAGAGGACAAUGAAAUUGUCGACAGGACUCAUUCUCAGACCCUGUCUCUUGGCCCACACAGGGUGGGCGAAAUGACGGUUGAGGAAGAGAGAGUCACAUUUUGGAGGUUGACGAAGAAGCUUGAUUGGGCACUACUUUUGGUCUCCGGCGAAAGAGAGGUCGCUGAUGGGAACUCUUGCGAGCUGCGCUUGCUGAGGAAAACCUAUACCCGGCAGCUUCACGUUGAUUCUGUCCCGAUAUUAUUCUCCCUCAAAGCUCUUGAUGCCCAGUUUCCUUCGGUCACUCAUUUGAUUCUUACUCGGAUUCGGAUCUCUCAAAAGCUGGAAAGCGCAAUUCAUUCAAAUCAUUCUGUUAUAAUGCAAUCCGUCACUCACCUGUCGAUUGAGGUGACCCCUCAGAACGAGAGCGGACUCGCGGUUCUACUCAGACUCUUCUCCAAAAUCACGUCCUUGGCACUUGUCAGCGAUCCAGAACUUUACAAGAUGAAUGCAGAGACCCUUCUUCUUUUCCCGCCGCUACCUCACCUCAAGACAUUGUAUCGACCAUCCAUCAAGAGAAUGAACCUGAGUUUCACGACCCAGGGCUUUUCGUACACUCCGCACCACCAUACGUCGCCCGAGUAUAAUCAACAUUGCCAACCGUGCACACUCUGGCUGUCUCGUAUAGAAGCAGCGGAACAAAUUGGCGUGACGCACCUUGCUUGGCAGUUCCCAUCGCUCGAGGAAGUGUUGAUCCAUCGACUAGUCCUUGAAGACGCUUCGCCUGUCGCGCUACGGUCUCUUUAUCCUCAGCGCGAGGAUGAUGAUUGGGUGGAUUACGCCCGAGGUUUGCCAGAUGUUGCUAUUUGGCUUAUCCAGGACAUGAAUGUCGAAGGUGACGAUAACCAACCGCCAGCUGUGUGUCGUCCAGUGGAGUGCGAUAAUAACAUGGUUCGGAAACCAUUUAAUGUCGUCCAUCCGGUAGUCAGGAAGGAAUCGAGACCGUGCAAAUUCUGGGAGCCAUCCUUUAUUGGCACCAGGAACAGACUUGGGAAUGAUUCACUAGGGUUCGCGGAGACGAGGAAUAUUGUGAAAAAGGAAAAUCCAGCCAGUCGACCCAUCAUUGGACCCUGGGAUCUCUAA